AUGGAAACUAUAAAGGAAAAUCCUGAUGAUACAACUCCAAAACCGCGUCCUUCUUGUCUAAAAGUUCCAACCUUUCAUAUUGAACCUUAUAGAUCUUCAUCUACUAUCAAUGAUUUUGAUCCAGUAUACAACUAUAGUAAUGCAGAUGGAGAUGAUGUAGAAGUUGAAAUUGAUUUAGAGAAGUUAUCGCCUCCACUACCACCAGAUGGAGGUUGGGGUUGGUUAAUUGUAUUCGGAAGCUUUUUAUGCAUGGUACUUGUGGAUGGAAUGUGCUUUUCUUAUGGAAUAUUUCUAAGUGAAUUAGAAGAAACAUUUGCUGCUUCAAAAACUCAGAUGACAUUAGGUGGAUCCCUGUUGACUGGUUUCUAUUUUAUGGUUGGUCCCCCUGUAAGUGGUCUGUUAAACAGAUUUGGUUCAAGAGAAAUUGUUUUUGUUGGCACGUUAAUCUCAACAGUGUCAAUUUUUACGAGUACAUUUAUUUACAACUUAAACUGGUUCAUCGUAGUGUUUGGUAUUUUCGGUGGUAUUGGUUAUGGGUGUAUAUAUCUACCAGCUGCUACGAUUGUCACUUCAUGGUUUGUGAAAAAAAGAGCAACUGUUACUGGUAUUGUUAUGGCUGGAAGCGGAAUUGGUGGUGUACUCUAUAGUCUUGUGGUUCCAUCUCUUAUUAAAUAUUAUACUUGGCGAGGUUGCAUUUUGUUAUUAGCUGGUGUGAAUUUUCAUUGUGCUGUAGCCGGUGCACUCUUUCGUCCAUUGCUUGAUUCAGAUUAUAAGCGUGAAACGGAGAACAACGAAAAUGAUACGGAAAAUAUGCUGGCGAAUUCAGUCACCAGCUCAAAGACUGAACCUUUAUUAGUGAAAAAUAUGAAUGAAUCGACAAAUGAAAUGCCAAAUUCGGUACGACAAAGCCGAGAAUUAAGUACUGUAAAUGAAGUGAAUGGCUCUGGGAUGAAUAUCACUUCAUCAAAUCGAGAGCAUAAGAUGUCAACAGUUAGACUACCACCAGAUCACAAAUCAAGUCAAUCAUCUCGUGUGAAAAGAAGAAGUACAAUUGAAGAGGAUGCUGUAAUUACCUACGGAAAUCAAAUUGUUCCAGAUGUCAAGAGUGGAGCAAAUGUACCAAUCAAUUCCACCGAAUGUUUUCCUGUUAUGAGUGUAGAGGCAGUCAAUCGGAUUGUUGGAGAUGUUCUCAGUCGUCAAGCCAUAGCAUCGACAGCAAGUCUAACAGCUCCAGACUUCUCUUCUAAACUUAGACUUUCUACUAUUUUAUCACAAAAAAAUCUCCACUCAAGUCAUGUUCAAGCAGGACCAACUGAAUCAGCAGUUGUAUACAAAAAGCCAGAUAACUUUGGAAGUACUUCCUAUUUCGCUUCUGCAGUCUCACUUAAAAUGCCACCAGGAGAACUGAGUCAACUUAAUGAUCCAUCUGUCUGCCAGGCUAUUGUAGAUGAACUACAAAAAGAGAUUUCUAGACCAGCCUACAAAAAAGAUUUAUUUCUUAGUGGAAGCCUUAUACAUAUUAAUGAAUUUUUAUCUACUACUGAUGUAGCUUCAUAUAUUCGAUCGGUGACAAUUCCAGCUGAAGAGAUGAAUAUAGAUCGACCGAUAUGGUCUAUGAUUAAAAAUGUUUUGGGCUUAGAAUUAUUAAAGAGUCCAACGUUUGUACUGUUAUCGAUUUCUAGUGUAUUAAGUAUGAUUGGCUACUGUGUACCGGCAAGUGAAGCAUCUGCAUCAUAUCUGUUAGCUUAUCUCAGUGGUCUGAAUACAUUUGGAAGAAUACUGACAGGUUGGCUAUCUGAUCAACCAUGGGCCAAUGUUCUAUAUAUCAAUAAUGUUUCACUAGUCGUCUCUGGCAUACUCACUUCAUUAGUCCCUUUGUUCAAAGUGUAUGAUGCACUGAUAGGUUAUGCAUGUGUUUAUGGAUUUACGAUAUCUGCAUUCAUAUCUGUGCGAACAAUACUCAUUGUUCGAGUACUUGGUUUAGACCGACUUACCAAUGCCUUUGGAUUUAUGUUAUUAUUUCAAGCUUUUGCAUAUAUUGGUGCACCACCAGCCUUCGGUGCUUUGUAUGAUCGACACAGAACUUUGAUUUAA